AAAAGAAGAAAAAAAAGCCAAUGAAUUUUGAUUCAUAUAUCCUUCUCAUUGAUUGAUUUCACCUACUGUCAACGGGGUUGUCUCUAUAUAUAAUGUGGGUGAAGUUUGAUCUUUUCGAUAACCCAUUUUCUUAAUCUUCUCAUUUUUGGUUGUUUAGAUAGAUAGAUAGCCUAUAUGGGAGAUCGCCGACCUGUAUCUGUUGCUGAUGAAACCAUCAAUGUGGUUUUACAGUGCAUUCAACCAACCCUCGACUCGGAAGAGAAGAGGAAAGGGAUAAUCGAGUACUUUCAGAGACUCGUUAAAACAACCUUUGGACACCAGGUGUUUCCAUAUGGUUCUGGCCCUUUGAAGACCUAUCUCCCAGACGGGGAUAUUGACUUAACCGUGGUUAACAACCCUACUUGUAAGCACAUGUUGCCAGUUGAUUUGCAUGCAGUUCUUCUGAGGGAACAAGUGAAUGAAAAUGCUCAGUUCAAAGUUGAGUCAAUACACUUCAUUGAUGGUGCUGAGGUUAAAAUAAUAAAAUGCCUUGUUCAGAACACAGCUGUUGACAUUUCGUUCAACCAAUUAGGCGGUCUUUCUAGUUUAUGUUUUCUUGAGAAGAUGGAUCGUGUUAUUGGGAAGGACCACCUCUUCAAACGUAGCCUUAUUCUAAUAAAGACCUGGUGUUUUCAUGAGAGUCGCAUUCUUGGUGCACGCAAUAGUCUGAUUUCUACAUAUGGUUUGGAAAUAAUGGUAUUGUACAUAUUCCAGAUGUUCAAUCAGGACUUAAACCAGCCUCUUGAGGUUCUUGAUCGGUUCUUGGAUUACUUCAGCAAGUUUAACUGGAAAAUUCUAGGAGUUAGUGUGAAAGGUCCAAUAUUAAAAUCAGCACUGCCAAAUAUAGUUGUUGAGAACCCGGUGAAUUUGACAAAUGAUAUCUUGUUUCCCGAGGAUUUUCUGAGGAAUUGUACGGAUUUCUUCAAUGUUGCAUCAAGACAUGAUGAGAAUUUGAAAAUAUUUCCGGCUAUGUUCCUUAACAUCGUUGAUCCGAUGAAGGAAAACAACAACCUUGGACGCAGUGUCAAUAAAGGUAACUUUCAACGCAUAUGUAGUGCAUUUAGGUUGGGCGCUAAAACUCUCCGUCUAGCACUUGAAUCCCCAAACGACGAAAUUGCACACAGUGUGAAGAAGUUCUUCUCGACCACAAUAAAGAGGCAUGGACACAGAUUAUUCACUUCUGAAAAUGCGAAGUCUGAGAACAGUGCAACAUCUGAAGGAGAAUGCGAUAAGGAUAUGGUGCUAAUAGAGAGUGAUGAUGAGAACUCUAUAGAUGGUUCGGAGAGACUGGACCUUGAUUGUAUUGCGACUGACUUAGAAUGUCGGUAUCCACUGUGUGAGCUCAGUGGAGAAUUCGACGACCAUAUAAGGAACCUAUUGUGGAGUAAGUUUGGUGUUGAAAAUAGAAUACACCCUCCUACUUUUGUAUGGUCCAAUACUCCUUUGUUUGUUCCUUAUCAAGCACCAACAUUGGCUAUGAGAAUGGAUACAUUGAGUUUGGUACCUGGUUUCGAAGAAAGACCAAUGCACCAGGGCGGUCCUCAACCUUUCCACCAUCUACCGAACUGGUCUCCACCUACUUAUUUGUGGAAUAAUAAUUCUACCCAGUUCAGUAGUCAUGGCAACAACUCAGUUUUGGUGCCUUUGGAGAGGAGACAUGAUUUUCAUCCUGUAGGAGUUUUGGUGCCUAUACCUGGAUUUGCUCUAAACCGUGGUCCAAACCCAAACCCAAACCCAAACCCAAACUCAAACCCGAACCCGAACUCAAACCCAAACUCAAACCCCAAUCAAAAUCAGUCUCAUUUUAGAAAGAACUAGAUAAGAGAAUUUUGAGCAUGUCUUCUAGAAAUACUAAGGCACUCUCAAUUUUUUUGAAGUAUUAAAAAUAUAUUUUCAAUUGUUAAGUUUUUUAUAAAUAAAGCUGUCAGAAUCACAAUUUUUCUAUUUCAAU